AGCCACGCUACCGAUGGAGUCCAAUAUUACUCCUGGGCAAUUACACUUGUACCACAUUCCCGAGAGCCCAUUUGCAAUCAAGCUACUCUUUGCCAUCAAAGAGCUUGGGCUAGGAGAUGCGCUCACCGUCCAUGCAAUUCCCGACCCUCCUCCAGCAGACCUCGUUGAGGAGCACGGGCUCUACCCACUGUCCGCAUUCGUCCCGUCGCUCGUAACACCUUCGGGAACCAUCUUCGACUCGAGCGUCAUCCUCCAGUGUUUGGAUACACUGCCUCGUCCAGAGGGAGCAGCGAUGGGAAAGCUGUUCCCUGAUGCUGCCCAGGACUCGGGCUUGCGCUGGGCCGCUCUGACUUACGAAGCACUCUGCAAAGCAGUUAUGGGCACAGUGAUGAUGGUCCACCAGCAGGGUCAGCGGGGCGCGCCGGAGAAAGCACUUGCACCGCAGGAGGAGAGGGUGAAGCGAGGGGUGGCUCGGCUUGCUCAGCAGGAGCUGCCUGACACGGGUCGGAAAGUGCUAGACGUGAAAGGGAUCGCGUUGGGUAGCAUGCUGGGGUAUAUGGAGCAGUGCGAGUGGUGUACUGGAUGGAGGGAAUGGAAGGGAGGGGAUAUUCUUGGGUCGUGGUUUGAACAGAUCAAACAUCGGUUGCCGUAGGACGGCGCGGCAUAAAGGCGUGCAAAUAUCCCUGUCAAUUAUAUCCCAAUUCAAAUCAUUUGU